GGAUGACAGAAAGGGAAAUUUAAAUGCCUAUGAUUCUGUGAGAACAAGACGAAUGGAAAUGUAACGACCGCUAGAACCAUGGAAUUACACGUUUUAUACUGCAAUGAACGUUAUUUAUAACUAUUCUCAUGCAUACAGCACGAUAAUUAUGUGGAAGCAUCUACAACGCAAUUUUUAAAGACGUAGAAAGGAGCACGUGAACAAGCAAGAAUGACACCGUUCGAUGAUUUUAUGUACCUGAUCAACUCUGUACUAUUGGGAGAAGAACCGACCGUGGAGGACUUCAUCCUUCUGGUAGGGACGUUCGUCGCAUUUGUGGCGUUCAUCCUGUGGUGCUGCUUCCCGGUGGUGCCGAAGGAGGGCAACGGAGGAGGGAGCUCCGGAGCGGACGGCGGCGGCAGCAAGCCGCCGCGGCAGUACGACCCGCGGGCGGGCAUCCACGUGCACGGCCACGGGCACGGCGGCUGGUGGGGAGGGCGGCGCGGGCGCAGUGCCGGCGGGCACGCCCUCUCCCCGGUGUUCCGGCGCUACGAGCCACUGCCACUGUCGUAAUGGGCACUCCCGCCUGACGGGACCUCGUGAGACGAGUGUUACAUUACUUGCGACCGAGUUGUGACUAGGUCGAGCCGUUUGUAACUCGACACGAGUGAAUUUUUUAGUGUUUUUCUUUUUGCUAUUGCAAAAUCGUACACUGGAAGUGAUGUCGAGUGUCUCGGAGCGGCUCAGUUUACCGUGGCGGGUGCGAUUUGGCACUGGACACCUCAUGAAGUGACUUUCCCCCCAUUACUGGCACCAGUGGUUUUGUGAAGUGAGCACUAGUGCCACUGUUAUUGGGUAGAACAAGUUAGUAUUUAUUGUCUGUAUUAUGCUGCAUUUAUUAACGUUUACCGAUUUCGUAGUACUUGAUGUUUUGUCCUCGGGCACAUGUUGCAAAAGUUGAUAUAGUAUGCGCUAGCAAAAUAUAUUAUUGUUUAAUAGUCGCUUGUUAUAGUGUUUGCCUCCAAAUUAACUGCAGACACCAGCUUACGUGCAUUCUCCGGAGAUCCUUCUGUUUUGUACUGUACUUAAGAGGAAUACUUUCGGUAGCACGGCCGGGACAACUGUUCUGUUUUCACGUCCGGUAGCUGGAAGAAUACCGUAUUUGCUUCUUCCAGGAGCUGUGGGCGACAGGUCAAAAUGUGUCAGUGAUGCAGACUAGGCACACUUUUAUGCUUAGCCACACACUGGAAAGUAUGCCUUUUAUCAAUAUUAUGUGGUUAACACCUUUGUCUAGUGCAUUUCACGACUGUAACUUACCAAUUAGGAAUAUUUUUGUUAGCAAUACACCCUCUUAGGAUGCAGUAAUUUAUUAUUUAUUUUUUAAAUUUUUAUUUUAUUUUUUCUCGUGUUUUACAGAUACAAUUUUAUUUUCUAGGAUUACAGAUAGAUCUUUUUUUAAAUGUUAGAGCUGCUUAUUUUACUUGCCAAUAUUAUUGCAAAAAUGUAAGAAAUUGUAAUCUGAAGCUUUUUAUUGGUGUGUACCUUUUACAACUACUAUUGGUUCCCGAUAGUAUUAAGAUAUAGCUAGUCACGCGUGACCCUGGUCACUUACACAAGACUUGCAUCCUUUGUAGCAGACUGUUGAAAGAAUUGUCAAAAUAUUUAGCACGCCUUCAGGGAUGUGAAAUUAUACCCACUUUCUGUGUGAUAUUCUUUCUUUUCUUGUAUACAAGUUUCUUCUGUGUAGUACUAAGCUACACAUUGUCACCUGCAGGAGCAGGUUGUAGACUGAAGAUUUUUUGUAUGUGGUGCUCCGUGUCUGUGAUAUAUUCCCAGAAUUAGCAUAUUUACCCAACUAUAAGAUAACCCUUAGUAUAAGAUGACUCCCUCCUCCACCUUUUCUUAUUUUAAGAGGUACCUUGAAAAAAUUUUUAUUUUUAAGAAAAUUCUGACUAAUUAAAAUUACAUACUGUUUUAUUGAUAUAAAGUGUCUGCCUAAAAAGUUAAUAUUAUACCUAUUUGUA